AUGGGGUCGUCUCGCGCCGCGCGCGCCGCCCGACGGGCCUCCACCGCGGCGUCUGGGCGGGAGAAUGAUCCGUGUAAAACCCCCGAACGGGCACCGCGCGCGCACGGGGAAGACGACAUGAUCGCCCUCUUGGGCUCGCCGGGGUUCUUCAAUUUCUGUGCGCAGAGCCUGAGCCCCAUCGCGUGCGCGCGGGGAGGCGCGCGCGGGAUGGCGUCGCCGGCGCCGGGGUACGACGACAGCGCGCGCGGGAUGGCGUCGCCGGGACCGGCGAGGUUUAAUUCGCCCGCGCAUCGCGCGAGCGGUGACGCGUCGAACGACGGUGACACAUCGAACAAGGGAGGCGUCGGGAUGUCGGAUAUCGAGCGCCUGGCGCUCUCGGCCGAGGCGUCGAUAAAGCGAGGCUCGGACGUCUCUGGUGGAAGACGCGCGUCGGAUGUGCGGAGACAGCUCGAUAAUGAGUUCAGUGCUCUUGGUAUGCAGUCACUCGAAGAUGAUCGCUAUGUGUUACAAAAUAUGUACGAUGAAUUCGACGAUUCCGUCCUCGGUGUCGACGAGCGUGGGUCUCAACCGCGAACCGCUGGCACGCGAGAGGAUCUGAACGGCAAGCGUUCCAGCACCACGGGCGCCAGUACCGAGUGGACCGCGGGUUUCACAAAGACUCUGAAGAACUUCGACGUCGACUCUCCGCGUGUGGGUACUCGCAGCGCGCGUCGCACGGUCGUUCCACCGUCACGCACCGCGUUUGAGGAGUACACUCCGGCGGUUAAAAAUGCUCAGGCGAACGCCAAGCAAGGCGGUUCGGCGACCAAGAUCUCUGCGCAGCAUUCCAAGAAUUCGUCUGCUUGCCGUGAACCAGUUGAGAGCAAGAAAUGCAACUGCAAAAAAAGCAAGUGUCUCAAGUUGUACUGCGAAUGCUUCGCGGCGGGUGCGUUCUGCAAUGAUUGCUCUUGUCAGCAGUGCCAAAACACCGUUGAGAAUGUUUCAGUCGUGGAGAAGACAAGAAGUCAGAUCGAGGCUCGAAACCCGAACGCAUUCUUGAGCAAGAUCGAAGACGACGGCGACGACGCUCGUCACACGAAGGGUUGCCACUGCAAAAAGAGUGCGUGUUUGAAGAAGUAUUGCGAGUGCUUUCAAGCGGGUGUAAAGUGCCAAGAGUACUGCAAGUGUGAGGGGUGCAUGAACAAGGAGGACGCUCCUCCCAGCUCUGGUCCGCGAGGCGGGUCCGCAAAGAACGGCAAGGCGUCGACUCAGAAGACGAAGGCUGGUAGAUUGGCCAAAACUCCGAUCGAAGUCGCGUCUGAGCUAGCCGCAAGGUCUAUUCAGGACGAUCUCGUCAUCGAAGACUUCAAAGUGUUCGAUAAGUUUGGCUCGCCGCCGCGGUCUUUCUCACACGCCGACGACUUGUCGAGCGAGUACUCCGCCCUGAACAAGUCCGUGGAACAGUCGCCUCUGCGUACGCUCUUGCUGUCCGAGGGCGUUCAACUCUCGCCCUUCUUCUCUACCAGCUCACUCCCGCAGAGUGCGCUGUCUCCUCUUCGGGGCGCCGGUUACAUGUCACCGCUCCGUCCGCAGCUUUCUCCGCUCCGUCCGAGCGGUUUCAUGUCUCCGAUCACACCCGGUUUGCGUGCUGGUCCAGGAAAGUAUAGUAUUCGCUCGAUCGGCAAGGCGGCCGUACCCCUAUUCAACGAAGAUAGCGGGAACAGCGCCGGCAGCCGUGAAUUUAAGAGUCCGCAGGAUGCGAGGACCAUCGGCUUGGGCGGUUGGGCUCAUGAAGUCUCCAAGGACGGCUCUUUCCGAGCGACGUUCACUUCACCGAUUCCGCUUAAGACGCCCGAUGUGCGUGAGUAG